UUGACCCAUAGUACAUCGGAUUUGGACAAUACCCAAAUUGUUCAGUACGAGGAAAGAAGAAAAGGUUUCUUUGGCUCACUUUUGCAUCAAGUAGGGCUUUCCAUUGUUUUGGCGAGGGCAAUAGGACUGGAAGUUAGGUUAUCGGUUGCCGGUUAACCUACCGGUUAGAUCGAUAACCGGCGUAUACCGGUUAGAUCGAUAACCGGCGUAUACCGGUUAAUCGACUAACCGAAAAAUGUGUCUGUGGACGGAGUUCGGUAGCAGGGUUAGGUAUGUCGGUUAACCGGCUAACCGACACAUCUAACCCCCUCCCCUCAUUUCGUAAAUCGACGCCGCCCUCCUAUUCCCUAAACCCUUAUCAAACAUUUACCCCUUUCCUUCUCUUCUCUAUAUCGCAGCCCUGAGCCCCUCACAGCCUCACUCUCCCUGCCGCCCACCCAACCCUGAACGGCCAUCUCCUCCAUCGACCAUCUCCCUCCCCGACCCUGAAGAGUGACGUCGCCGCUUUACGCCAGCCAUCCCCUUCGCUCCGUCGCCGCCGCUCUACGCCAGCCAGCCGUCGCCAGCCCCGCCGUCGAGAGCUUCGCCCGCGCCAUUCCUUUCCCCUCCAUCGACCAUCUCCCUCCCCGACUGUCGCGACGACGACGAACCAGCCCCUUGCUCCGCCAACGCGAAGUUGCCGCCAGCCAUCCCCUUCGCUCCGCCGUCGCGACCUUGCCUCAAUUGUGCUGUCGCGGUUACCACGGUUAACCGAGCAACUAACCGGUAACCAACCUUUCGGUUGUCGGAUAACCGAUAUAAUUCGUCGGUCGGUUAACGGUAGGCGUGUCUGGCUUCGCGGUUAACCGGUAAUAGACAUUUCGGUUAUCGGUUAUAACCGAGAUAACUGGAAAUCCAGCCUAAAGGGCAUGCACCAUAUCUAGCUAGCUAGCUAGCAGAUUUGGGCACUGCAGACUGCUCCAUAAGAAGAAAGCUGAUGAGUUUGGACAACGUCAAUGCAUGUGAUUCCACUAGCGAAUUAAUACCAUGAUAACUACUGCUUCCGAAUGUUAGGUAAACAAAGAAUAAACAUCCCUUUUUCACGUGCAAGUAUCAAUCACCCAACUACUAUAUAUAUUAUCAGCCCAAAGCAAAGAAGUAGCUAACUAAGUUGCUACAUACUCGCUACUCAAUAAAACUCCAACCUUCGCCGGCGGCAAUGUCGAUAGUCUAUCCCGGCGAAGCAUCCGCCGCCGUAAUCAUACCAUCCCUCCUCGUUACAUUCCUCAUCAUCUCCAUAACCCUAUCGAAACUCAUCAAGAACACACGAGCCGCCGCCUCCAAGCUCCCGCCACUCCCUCCGAGCCCGUCACCAUCAUGGCCCCUCGUCGGAAACCUCCCGGCGAUCAUAAUCCAUAAAAAGCCAAUGUUCCGGUGGGUCCACAAGUUGAUGAAGGACAUGAACACCGACAUCUGCCUAAUCCGGCUCCCCGGCGGCGCCAACCUGGUCCCCGUCCUCGACCCCGCCAUCGCCAGGGAGAUGCUGAAGAAGAAAGACGCCAUCUUUGCCGACCGCUCCAUCUCCUUCGGCAGCCACGCCGUGAGCGGCGGAUACGUCACCACCGCCGCCGUUCCCUACAACGACCAGUGGCGCAAAAUGCGGAAGGUGUUCACCUCCGAGAUAGUUUCCCCCGCCAGGCACGUGUGGCUGCAAGAAAAGCGGGACGAGGAGGCCGACAACCUCGUCUUCUACGUCCACAGCCGCUGCAUGGCGGGGAAGAGCGUCGACCUUAGGGUCGCCACGCGGCAUUACUGCGGCAACGUCAUGAGGAAGAUCAUGUUUGGGCGGAGGUUUUUCGGCGAGCCAACUGUGGACGGUGGGCCCGGACAGAUGGAAGUUAAACACGUGGAGGCCGUGUUCACGGCGUUAAAGUACCUGUAUUGGUCGUGUUUAUCGGAUUUCUUCCCGUGGUUGUGGGGAUGGAACGUCGACGGAAAGGAGAAAAUUAUCAAUGAAGCCAACGAGACCAUUCGAGGCUACCAAGACCCUAUCAUCGACGCGAGGAUCCAGGAGUGGAGGAACGGAGAGAAGACGGAAAUGGACGACCUACUUGACUUCUUCAUCACGGUCAACGACGAACAAGGGAAACCCUUGCUCACUCCCCACGAAAUCAAGAGCCAAGCUACGGAGAUAAUGAUGGCGUCCAUAGACAACCCAUCGAACGCAGUGGAAUGGGCAAUGGCCGAGCUGAUCAACCAACCGAACCUCAUGGCGAAGGCCACGGAGGAAAUCGAUCGAGUUGUUGGGAAAGAUUCGAGACUGGUCCAGGAAUCGGACAUCGGGAGGCUGAACUACGUGAAAGCAUGCGCCAGGGAGGCGUUCCGGCUCCACCCGUUGGCUCCAUUCAACGCCCCACACGUGGCGACCCAAGACACCACCGUGUGCGGCUACUUCAUCCCCAAGGGCAGCCACGCCCUCCUCAGCCGCUACGGCCUCGGUCGGAACCCGAAGGUUUGGCCCGACCCGCUCAGGUUCAACCCGGACCGGCACCUUAAAAACGACGGCGGCGUCGAUGAGGUGGUCCUCGUGGAGAACGAGCUGAGGUUCAUAUCGUUUAGCACCGGCCGGCGAGGUUGCGUGGCGACGGUGCUCGGGACUUGUAUGACCACCAUGCUGCUCGCCAGGCUGCUGCAGUGCUUCGCGUGGACGCCGGUGGGGGGAAAUAAGACCGUUGACCUAAGUGAAGCUGAGGAUGGGCUCUCACUGGCCACGCCGCUCAUGGCAUUACCUAAGACGCGUUUAGCUCCCGGCUUAUACCCUGUUGUGUAACAAUAUGAAUUCUCUCUUGUAAAAACGUUUCGUGUAGUCUCUCUUCUGUACCAUUCGGUUGAAUCUCAUGUAUAACAUUUUCCUAUUAUAUUAAAGAACUAUAGGGUUAAUUAGGGUAAGCUAAUGCCCACCCUUUAUUAAUUAUGUUAAGGUUAUCAAAUAAUCAGUGUUAUUAAAGCCGAGCCGAGCCGCUCGGCCCGACCGGUAAAAUCGCCAUUCGGUCACAAAACCGGCUCGGAACAGUCUAAAAGCCGCUCCGGUUUUAUGUAGCGGUUGACGAGCGGCCGGUGCGGUUAACCGCUCGAGCCGAUUGAGCCGCUUAUCCGGUUUUUGCCAUUCAGCCGUUAAAUUUAAUUAAAAAAAUUGCAAAAAAAUUGAAAGUUGAAAU